GAGGAGGAAGAGGAAGAAGAAGGAAGAAGGAAGAAGAAAGAAGAAGAAAAUAAUUGGCAGAGAGCUCAGUGAAACAGAGACAGAGGAGACGGAAGUGAGUGACACACUCUGCGUCCUCGCCUCACCAGGAAACUACUAAAGUUCCUGGGGAAGCAAAGUAGAAUUUCAUAAGAACAAAAUGGAGAGGAGAAAACCUAUGGUGGCUGUGAAGGCCCUGAUGCCAUGUAUGUCAAAUUGAUAUCAUCUGAUGGCCAUAACUUUAUUGUAAAAAGAGAACAUGCAUUAACAUCAGGCACGAUAAAAGCCAUGUUGAGUGGCCCAGGUCAGUUUGCUGAGAACGAAACCAAUGAGGUCAAUUUUAGAGAGAUACCUUCACAUGUGCUAUCGAAAGUACGCCUGUAUUUUACCUACAAGGUUCGCUACACUAACAGCUCCACCGAGAUUCCCGAAUUCCCAAUUGCACCUGAAAUUGCACUAGAACUGCUGAUGGCUGCGAACUUCCUAGAUUGUUAAAUAAAAUAAAUUAUAAUAAACUGUUAACUCUUUUCAGUAUUUAA